GCGACACCGUCUUUCACUUCUUAUUGCUGAGACAUUGUUUUUUUCCAGAUUGGCUCAGACACAGAGCGAAGCUAAUGUUUCCGGUAGAAACAAAAACGGUAGAGGAGUGCCUUGAAACGUGUGCAUUGUGGCGAUUCGAUAUGAGUUUUCUGGAGAAGUGUACACGGGCACUAGCCAGGACGUGGGGAUCCGCCUCGGUCGAGGGACCGAGCGAACCGACUACUGACAGUACCUAAUACUGUCCUUCGGCGUUACUCACAGUACCUACUACUGUCGUCCGGCAUGGACGUUCAAUGAUUGCUGUCUCUGUUCUGAAGAAGCCUGUGCCUGAACGAAUCAUUGAUCGACGUUUCAAUGGCUCGACGACUCGCGCCUCCCUUUUUGAGGAAACACUUGGAGUUUUCUUGUGUGCGCAUGCAUAUCAUGGGAAAGCGAUGAUUUCCGUGUAGUUGUUCGUCUCCCUCUCCAUCUGAAGAGUAGCGUUUCGAGUUAACGUAAUUUUUUUUUGCAGAGCAAGUAGUUUUCUUCGUAUCCCUCAAGUUUAAGUAGUCUCAAUAGCGGCACUAGCAUCAUGAUCUAGUCUCGUCUCUUGGUCUUGCUCUUCUUCCUGGUGUUUGAAAAAGUGUAUUGGGCAUGUUUUGUGCUCGCUUAGGAUUUUUUAAACUCUGCCGGCCGCUGAUCAAUUUUGCGUGCUGCGUGCAGAAGAUAAACUAACAAGGAACUGCGCAUAUGCGUCAUUCAAAAUAGAGGUGAUUAACAACAUCCCAAGUCCAGAGCCCCAGAGCAAGCAGCAUGGAGCAAUAGCAAAUGCAUUGUAUGUAAGUUCUUGUUCCUCCCAAUAUGAGCAUGGGUUGCCUAUGCCUUUGAUAGCUUUCGCCGUAGCGGAUUUCUUUGCUGAUAUAAAUAUAAUUUUUGAUUCUACUAUCUUAGUUAUACUAUCUAGAGUAAGACCUACUUUGUUCCCAUCGUUCCUAAUACUUUACCUUUCAGUUCAAGUGACUCCUAAUCUUCUUAGCUCAUACUUCUACUAUCCAAAUUUUCAUGCCUUUGACUGCAGUACAACCAACCACUCCCACAGAGUUAGGGUCUUCCAACACAAACAACACCAAACAGGGGAAAAAAAUGAAAAUGUCCUCUCGCUGUACUCGUCUCAGUCCUGUAUGAGGAUUCUUUUCAUCUCAUGCAAAUAAGAUUAUUGACUAUCUAAGGUUCAACAACAUAUAACUUUGAUAAAUUUUAUAUUUCUUUAGAAGAGAGGCACGUCUCGUAUCCUCCAGCAUUGCAGUAUCAAUCUAUGAUCGGUAAACCGAAAACCUUGCAUUUUUCGCAGAGCUAUUAUUUGUGAAAAGUUUGUUGAAAGAUGAUUGUAGAGAAACGAGUGUGAAGAGUCUUCUAUAUCCGUAUUUAUAUUUAACCUCUCCCUCUCGAUUCUAACGCCAGCGCCUGAUUUUGCUGCGUAGAAACUAUGGCCACAUCAAUAUAUUGACGGGGUGAAAAUGAUAGUCAUGAACCGUCUUGGUCUUAGUUUCUCGUGAUAAUUAC